AUGUCCCUCGCAAAGCUCCCAUUUAUUUUUGCAGCUGCAGUCGGGUUCCAUAUCUCUGUUACAGCCCCAGAAGUCGCCAAAGAUCGGGUGGUAACUCCAAAUGCAAUAGAAAGGGUCCUCAUACCCUUUAAUGCGCUCAUAGGGCAGAUUCUGAAGGGCACGAUAUGGCUAGCGACUGCUGCUGAGACUGCAGCCAUCCUGACGCGUUACAUUCCACCGCAUUAUAUGUCACCAGGAAUCGCGGAUGCCCUGGGGAAACUGGGGAACCCUGACGCAAGCAAGAUCACUGCGGUAUCACUUUUUGGGAGCUUGAUGUUCGUGAUGUCAGGCUACAUUCGUUGGCAGUGCUACAGAGAGUUGGGCCGCUUCUUCACGUAUGAGCUAUCUAUCCGAGACGGACACAAGCUUGUCACAAGCGGUCCCUACUCGGUGGUGAGGCAUCCAAGCUACACAGGGGUAGCACUGUCCCUUGUCGGCGCGAGUGCAAUGUACGGUGCUCGUGGGUCCUGGCUCCGAGAAUCGGGAGUCCUCAACUUGCCAUUCGUGUGUGUAGUUGCGAAUACAUGGGCGGCGAUGAUGGUGAUGGUGGUGGUGUGCUUGACUAUCAGGAUUCCGCAAGAGGACAAAUUGUUGGCGCAGAGCAUUGGGAAGGAGUGGGAGGAGUGGGCCCAGCGCGUCAAAUAUCGGCUCGUUCCUGGCGUCUAUUAG